AUGAACAAAGAAUUCCAAGGGUACCGAGUCUAUGACUCCAGUGACCAUGAUCGGCUGAGGAAAAGGGAUAUGCACGAUAAGAGUGAUGAUAAGAAUGCUGGAAUAAGAGAUUUCGAUGCCAAGGAACUUUAUGGCCCAAAAAUUACUGAUAAAGACGGAGCUCUUCUUGAUGCUCAUGACAGUUUCUAUAAAACUACCAAGAGUUUGCUUGUACUUUUUCAAAUCAUGGGAGUUAUGCCCAUCAUGAGGGUGCCAAAAGUGGGCAAAGAGCGUCUAACGAAAUUCCAAAAUAGCUCCAAUAAGCGAUUUGAUGAGGUUAUCUACAAUAUUAUCUUUCUGAGCAUUCUGAUCCCGCAUUUUCUCCUUCCGAUUGCAUCUUGGCGGCACGGACCACAAGUAGCUAUAUUCAAAAACAUGUGGACACAUUAUCAGCUAAAAUACCUGAAGAUCACCGACACACCAAUAGUGUUCCCCAACUUGUAUUUACUUACGUGGGGCUUAUGUAUAUUUUCUUGGACUCUCAGUUUUGCAGUGAUACUGUCUCAACAUUACCUUCAAGAAGAUUUCGAACUUUGGUAUACAUUUGCGUAUUUUCAUAUCAUUGCGAUGUUGGAUGGAUUCUGUUCACUUUGGUACAUAAACUGCAACGCAUUCGGUACUGCGUCUCGAGGACUAGCAAUGAAUCUUCACAAGGCAUUGGAGGCCGAACACCCGGCGCUAAAAGUGGCGCAGUACCGUCAUUUGUGGGUCGAUCUCUCUCAUAUGAUGCAACAACUGGGUCGUGCGUAUUCAAACAUGUAUGGCAUUUACUGCAUGGUGAUCUUUUUCACGACUACCAUAUCUCUAUAUGGUGCUCUCUCGGAGAUCUUGGAACAUGGGCUCAGCUAUAAGGAGAUGGGGCUGUUUGUCAUUGUUGGAUACUGCAUGACUCUUCUGUUUAUAAUUUGUAAUGAGGCUUAUCAUGCUUCCAAAAAGGUCGGCUUGGAGUUUCAAGUACGUCUUCUCAAUGUGAACUUGGGAGCAAUUGACAGAAAAACUCAACGUGAAGUGGAGAUGUUCCUCGUAGCUAUCGCGAAGAAUCCACCCAUCAUGAACUUGGACGGUUUCACCAAUAUCAACCGAGAAUUGUUUACUGCGAAUAUAUCUUUUAUGUCCACGUACCUUAUCGUGCUAAUGCAGUUCAAACUGACUUUACUGCGCCAAGGCGCCAGGAAAACUCUCAAGUCCAUCGUCAAAGCGGUGUUCAAUACUUCUACCACCUUGCUAGACGAUCCCGUCACUGAGGAUGAUGAAGAAUGA